GGGGUUUUCUGGGAUUUUAGAGCCACAGUGAGACACUAUAAAAAGUUGCUUUGCUCCUCAAAGUCUCCUCCUUUCUCUUUAUAUUUCAAUGUUUUCAUAUGGGUUAUGAUUCUUUCUGUUUAAGGAUUCAAGGAAGGACUCUGUACCAGCAAAAGCUUCAGGAAAGUCAGCUCUUUCAUUCAAAAAUGAACGGAGGAGAUCCAGCAAUCAAGCUCUUUGGCCGCAAGAUUCCUCUGCCAGAAAUCCAGAUUCAGGCUGGGGGCACUAGGAAUGAGACAACAAAUCCAGAAACUGAGAUUUCACAUGUAAACCCCUCAGAGGAGACAGGCAAGUGCAUUACCACAGAUGAUGAAAGGGAAAAACAUCAAGGUGCUGACCAAGUGAAUGAGGUGCAAGUGAACUUUAAGCCUAAGGAAGACCAUUCAGAGAGUAAUAAUACAGACGCAGAGAAGGCAUUUAAGAAGCCUGACAAGGUUCUUCCAUGUCCACGAUGCAACAGUUUAGACACAAAAUUCUGUUACUUCAAUAAUUACAAUGUCAACCAACCUCGACACUUCUGUAAGAAUUGCCAGAGAUAUUGGACAGCUGGUGGAACAAUGAGAAAUGUUCCUAUUGGUGCUGGACGUAGGAAGAAUAAGCACUUAGUUUCUCAGUAUCGUCAAAUAGUAGUUUCUCCUGAUGGAGUGCCAAUUACUCGUAUAGAAACCCCUGAUGCGGCUAAUCAGCAAAUUCUAUCUUCUGGUGAAUCUGCAACUGCAACCACCUUUAGGCCAUUGGUAGGAAAUGGAACAGUUUUAAAAUUUGGUACAGAAGCACCUCUCUGUGAUUCCAUGGAGACUGUGCUUAGCCUUGGAGAUCAGAACAGAUGUAAUGAAAAGGGGAUGGGCAACUCUAUAGAAAUAAGAGAGGGUCUUUCUUCUGGUGGUGGACCUUCCAUGACUGUUUCCAGCAUACAAGGAAAUGAAUUAUCGGAAAAUGCUGUGCGAAAGGAGCCAGCAGGUGUGCCAGGAUCUAAUGAGACAAAUGCACCACAUCCACUGCAUUGCUAUCCUGUUUCUCCAUUGGUUUUUCCUUUGAAUUCAGGUGUGAACAAUAUAGCUGCUAUGGCAGCAGGUCAAGGUUCUCAGCAAGCUUCUGCACUAAAUAGUAGUAAUGCUAACCCAGCUCAGUGGUGCUCUACACCAAUGGUGGCUGUUCCUGGAUUUUGCCCGCCGAAUAUUCCUCUACAGUUUGUGCCUGCUGCUUAUUGGGGUUGCAUGCACUUAUGGACUGCUGCAUCAGGAAAUAUGUCAUUGACUGGUUCUAAUGGUUGCUCAUCUCCUUCAUCUAAUAGCAACAGUUGCUUAUCAAGCAAUGGUUCACCAACACUAGGAAAACAUUCCAGAGAAGUGAAUUUUGUGGGAGAGGAGCAGUCAGACAAGUCUGUGUUGGUUCCUAAGAUACUUCGAAUUGAUGACCCAAAUGAAGCUUCAAGGAGUCCAAUAUGGACUACAUUAGGCAUCAAACCUGACCAGAAGGUUGCUGUAUCAGGAGGUAACAUCUUCAAAGCUUUUGAACAUAAAGAAAAAGGCAAAGACUGUUCACUGGAUGACAGUCAUAUUUUGGAAGCAAACCCUGCAGCUCUUUCUCGCUCUCAUACAUUCCAAGAGAGCACAUGAAGGUCCGUAGAAAUAUUUGGUGUGAAAAGCUUUCUUGUUAUAUCCUCUAUGCAGAUUGAAAGUUGCUCCCAUCUUGAUUGCUUUACAUCCGGGGCAUACAUGGUUCUGCUCCACUCCAAACACAAUCAAUGAGUUUAUGCAAAGCAGAAGCUUCUGAGAUAAUACCUGGGGAUUGUCGACAUAUCAACUCUCCUUAGAGCUGUGUAAAUAGUAAAGGACAGCAAUUGAGUGGUUGUUCAUCUUUAUUCACAGCCCAAUUUCAAGUUUCAACUUAUAAACAUGCUUGUCUUUCUUUCCAUAAUUUUCCCAGUAACAGAAGGAUGAGAGGAUGUUCCUCUACUUGUUAUAUAUUAAAAUUAUGUUGUUAAA